UUGGUUUGUCGAGGCAGCGGAGGUGGAGAUGUCGAGAACGCUUUGACUCUUGGGAGAGGCAAAUCACGCCCAGCAGCCUCGCCGGCUGGCACAGCUAUCAUGAUGCCGGAGCCCUCCGAUCGCGGCAAGGAGAUGUCAACUUGCUGUAUCAUCAGGUUCGAUGUGGGUGGUGUCUCUGUCCGUGGGUGUUGAGGAAAUGGAGCUGGCUAGCCUCGCCUUACCCGGAAGCAAGUCACGCCCAGCAGCCUCGUCAGCUGUCGUAGCUGCUGUGAAGCCGGAAACCCCCGACAGUGGCAGCGAGAAGUCAGCGUGCUGUAUCAUCAGCUUCGAUGUGGCUGAUGUGUCUUUGUGUGGGUGUUGGGGAGAGGGAGCUGGCGGGUCUCUUCUUACCUGGAAGCAAGUCGCGCUCAGCGGCCUCGUCGUCUGGCGUAGGUGUCGUGAAUCCGGAGGCCCUGACAGCGGCAGCGAGAGGCCAGCAUGCUGCAUCAUCAGCUCCUAUGCAGACGAUGUCUCUUCGUGUUGGUGUAGGGUAGACGGCGCUGACGGUUCUCAUCUUACCUGAAAGCAAGCCUCGUCCAUCAGCCUCGCUAGCUGGCAAAGCUGUUGGCGAGCUGGAAACCUCUGGUGGCGGCAAGGAGACGUCAGCUUGCUGUAUCACCAGCUUCAAUGUUGGUGGUGUGCCUUUGCGUGAACGUGGGGAGGAUGAGGUUGGCGAGUCUCAUCCUACA